AGAUAAUAAGAUCACAGCGGUCCUUUACUCAGUUUACUCUUUCUUUCUUUCCCACACGCACGACGACGUCGACACACGAGGCCGGUUGCGAUCAUUGGAGCAAUAACGAUUGCAUCUCAUCACGCCAUCCCUUAUCGCCAUUUGCCGGUCCAUCCGUAACGAAAUUACAACAGUUUUUAGUACUUUUUACUCGAUUUACCCUCCAGUCUCCACGGCAUAAACCGUUCACAGUUCCCAAUCUUUUAAUUUUUUCAAGUCUCCACGCAGUCGUGUGGUUUCCAUUCGCGUCCGAAUCGUAUAUAUAAAUCAUUCAAAAUAACGUCAAUCAAGAAAAGAAAAAUGGAAAACGGACUCACCCACAAGUUUAAGGUUGCGGAUUUAUCUCUUGCUGAAUGGGGCCGCAAAGAAAUUAUUUUAGCGGAAAAAGAAAUGCCAGGUUUAAUGUCUUUACGUAAAAAAUAUGGUCCAAUCAAAAUUCUCAAGGGUGCCCGUAUAGCUGGUUGUCUUCAUAUGACUAUUCAAACAGCUGUCCUCAUCGAAACUCUAAUUGAACUAGGGGCUGAAGUACAAUGGUCUAGCUGUAACAUAUUUAGUACUCAAGAUCAUGCAGCUGCAGCAAUUGCAAAAGCUGGAAUCCCUGUGUUUGCCUGGAAAGGUGAAACUGAAGAAGAAUACACAUGGUGCAUUGAACAAACUUUGGUGUUUGCUGAUGGCAAUCCUUUAAAUAUGAUUUUGGAUGAUGGUGGAGAUUUGACCACUCUGGUACAUGAUAAAUACCCCCAGUUUUUGGAUGGAAUCAAAGGAGUAUCUGAAGAGACAACUACUGGUGUUCACAAUCUAUACAAAAUGAAAAAACAAGGUAUUUUAAAAAUGGCAGCUAUUAAUGUGAACGAUUCAGUUACAAAAAGUAAAUUCGAUAACUUAUAUGGUUGUCGUGAGUCCCUUAUUGAUGGUGUGAAACGUGCAACAGAUAUUAUGAUAGCAGGAAAAGUCUGUGUUGUUGCUGGUUUUGGUGAUGUUGGCAAAGGAUGUGCAAUGUCAUUGCAAGCUUUUGGCGGUCGUGUUAUUGUUACUGAAAUUGACCCAAUCAAUGCGCUUCAAGCAUCUAUUGCUGGUUUUGAAGUAACCACUAUGGAAGAAGUCUGUUCGAAGGGACAAAUAUAUGUGACGACAACGGGUUGCAAAGGGAUUAUUACCGGUGAGCACUUCCCACAUAUGCCAGAUGAUGCUAUUGUUUGCAAUAUUGGUCAUUUCGAUUGUGAGAUUGAAGUAACAUGGUUGGAAAAGAAUGCUGUUGAUAAGGUAAACAUCAAACCUCAAGUAGAUCGAUACACUCUGGCCAAUGGCAGACACAUUAUUCUUUUGGCUGAAGGAAGGUUGGUGAAUUUAGGUUGUGCUACGGGACAUUCAUCAUUCGUUAUGAGCACAUCAUUUACUAAUCAAGUUUUAGCACAAAUUGAAUUAUUUACCAAAACAGAACAAUACAAACAUGAUGUAUAUGUAUUACCUAAGAAAUUAGAUGAAGAAGUAGCAGCUCUGCAUUUGGACCACUUGGGUGUCAAGUUGACUAAGCUCACUCCUGACCAAUCUAAGUAUCUUGGAAUACCAGUUGAAGGGCCAUACAAACCUGAUAGUUACAGAUACUAAAAUUAAACUAAGAAAUGAACUAAAAACUUAACAGAUGCAUGUUAAUUCAAAUCAUCAAAAAUACAUUAUUAUAAAUAAAAAAAAUUAUUUACA